AUGCAGGUAUUGAUAAUGAGACAGCAGUUAAUGCUAUUGUCUAUGAAGAUUAUAGAAAUGAUAGACUCACGACUGUUACUCAAGCAGAAAAACAUCGAAUAUGUUUAAAGUUACUAAAGACUUGUAGAUAUAAAGCUAAUAUUGUUAAAUCAUGCUUAGAGUCACCUGUAUUUAUAAAGUAUCUUCAGGAUUUAGUACCUAAAAUAGCUCAGGUUUUUGAUAAUACAGACGCAUUUCGUAGUACUAAAAAAUCUGGCUUAAAAUUAAUAAAAUUGAAAUUAGGAUUAUUGAAUACAGUAUUGAAUGAAACUUACAGAUUAAAAUUUAAAGCUAUAGAUAAAAAUCUUAGGUAUUAUUAUCUAGUUAGUCUAUUCGAUAGUGAAGAUGCUCCAAAGUUGACACUAUAUCAAACAAGCAAAGGGUCCUUUUAUGAAAAUGGCGAAGAUAUACGAUAUAGAUAUAGUAAACUCUCACCUGAUGAAUUAGAAACUUCUUCCAAUUCUAUUACACAAGAUACUCAGGAUCUAUUUGAUAUCUGUUAA